AUGAUUGACUUAAGCCUGCUCAGAAAUAAAGACACACGGAAAUUGGUCAUGGAGAGUGAGUCCAACAGAUUCCGAGGAACAGAAAGGGCUGCAAAAGUGGUAGAUAUGAUAGAAGAAAGAAUAAAAAUAAGAUAUACUAUGGAGCAGCUGAAUAAAGAAAUGAAUAACCUCACGCGAGAAACAAUGAAGUACUUCAAGGUCAAAAAAGAAGAAACUCCAGAAGAGAAGAAAAACAAAGAGGAACUUUUGGCAAAGAUAGCAGAGGUGAAGGGGAAGAAGGCAGCAUGCGCAGUGGAGCUAAACAUAAAAGAAGAGGAAACAAACAAUGUGGCCAGAGAAAUAGGAAACAUUCUGGACAAGAGUGUCUUCAUUCAUGAUGACGAGGACAACAACCCAGUUAUCACGCAGACUGAGAAAAGAGACAAAGAGUUCUGGCCAAAGGAACUUCUUUCGUACGACCAAGUGCUUGAUAAGCUGGGGGUUGUGGACACAGAAAGAGGCACAAAAAUAGCAGGGCACAGAGGAUACUUUUUAAGAGGAGCUGGUGUGGUGCUUACACAGAGUCUUAUUCGGUAUGCAAUGGACUUCCUGCGUAAAAGCGACUAUACUCUGAUACAGACGCCUUUUAUGAUGAGUAGAGAGUCCAUGAAGAAAACAUCACAGCUAAGCGACUUUGACGACCAGCUGUACAAAAUAGAUGGAACCAACGACCUCUAUCUAAUAGCAACCUCUGAGCAGCCUCUCUCUGCCCAGCAUGAAGGAGAGUGGCUGAAGGAGUCAGAGCUCCCAAUCAAGUACUGCGGGUACUCAACGUGCUUCAGAAAGGAGGCAGGUGCGCACGGAAAAGACAACAGAGGAAUAUUCCGAGUCCAUCAGUUUGAAAAGAUCGAGCAGUUUUUGAUUACAUCCCCAGAGGAAAGUGAAAAUGAGUUCAAUAAGAUGGUUGACAGAUCAAAGGCAUUCUAUGACUCGCUGGGACUUUCCUACAGAGUUGUGUCAAUUGUGUCUGGUGCUUUAAAUAAUGCAGCUGCAAUCAAGUAUGAUCUGGAGGCUCUCUUCCCUGCCUCCCAGAGAUAUAGAGAGCUAGUUUCAUGCUCUAACUGCACAGACUACCAGAGCAGAGAUCUGAAUGUGCGAUACCGGCCAAACGAAAGCACUGAAGAGAAACAGUUUGUUCACAUGCUGAAUGGAACCCUCUGUGCUAUCCAAAGAACUCUUUGCUGUCUGGUAGAGAACUAUCAAACAGAAGGAGGCCUGAUUGUUCCUGAAGUUCUAGUGCCAUACGUUGGCGAGUCCUUCAUUCCCUUUGUUCGAGAGUAG